AUGUCAUCUAGUGGAACGGAUUGUACAAGUUUGACACCUCUGGUAAUGAACACUGGAGUAUCGCUGAAACAACUCAUGAUGACAACGGAUAUGGCUGAAUUCCAGGAUAUGUGGCAGGAUAUCGAAAGUGUUCUUUUAGGAGACAUCCACAUUCCUGAGCAUCAGAUGAAAAUUCCAGUGUCUGCAUGUUCCACAAAGUACCACUCUCUACAACCUCCAUCAGCUCCUGAUAGUGUUGCAAAAAGGUUGAUGGCACCGCCUCUGAACACACAGCUGUCAACCGAAGAAAUUUCCACACCUAACAGGUACGAAGAUAUUGGUGCCUAUAUGGACUUUGUUUUGAGCAGUUCCUCUAGUGGUAAUGCCCAUUCGACUGUGAUCUAUUCCGAUGAUGUUAGUUUCGAUGAUCGUGGGAAGUCAGGUGGUUGUCCUGAUAAUAACGGAGCAAAUAAUUCCUUAGAAGUUUCUGACGGUAGCAUGUCGCCCAUAACUGCCGCCGAGUACGGAAAAGAGAGGUUUACGCAACUAAGCAACUGUGUUCAACAACAACAACCUAAUACCCACGUUAUGCCUACUCCGUAUACUACAACGUUAUCUCAGAACAUGUGGGUGACGUAUAACGCGAAUGCCAAUGCCGUAAUUGCAAACCAGAUGUCUCCACCUGCUUCCCCAGAAAGGACAGGUCAACUAGCCAUGAAGGCAUCUGGGGGUCUUUUAGUAGAUGGUUUCGUGCCUCCCCAUAUUUUACCAGCAUCCCAAUUCCCUGUUGUUCCACAUGCUGGGCAGCCCCAGCCAGCGCAACAGCAUCAGCAACAGCCUCCUCACUUGAGGAUGGUGACUCCUCCUUCUUCACCACAUCUCGCCGAGCUACUCAGCAACAAUCGUGCCACUAACAGCUUCACUACAUCUCAUCAAACUGUUUUUACUAGUCUACCAGAGAUAGUUGAACAGCAGCAGCAACCGCCAUCACAGCAACAGCAAGCGUCUGCUAUCGUGGGCAAACCGAAAAGAGGGCGGCGGAGUUUUGGAAGGAAAAAAAUAACGACGCAUACCUGCUCUCACCCCGGUUGUUCUAAAACGUACACGAAGAGUUCUCACUUAAAGGCCCAUCUCAGGACCCACACGGGGGAAAAGCCAUACCAAUGUAACUGGAAAGGUUGCGGCUGGAAAUUCGCCCGAUCUGAUGAACUAACUCGCCACUACAGGAAACACACUGGUGACAGACCAUUUCAAUGCAGACUAUGUGAACGAGCCUUUUCAAGGUCCGAUCACCUUUCGUUACACAUGAAAAGGCACACAGCUGUUUAA